GGUCCAUUGUACGACGACGAAGACGACGUAUCGCCGUAAUAACGUCGUCGGCUUAUAGACAUACACCGUAAUACCGCGAACUGUGCCCGUCGUAUACCUACAUAAUAUAUCACUGCCUAUCGUUGUCGUGAUCGAUUGCGGCCGCCAUUUCCGGUUGCUCGUCCUCCACAUCCGGACCGUCGCCGCGCAGCUUCCUCACGGCAGCCGCUGCAGAUCGACCGCCCACGCGCCAUACUAUAUAUAUAUAUAUAGAGAGAGAUACAUAUCACACGCACGCGCGACAGCGAUAUUUUAUAGCAGUUGCACUAUAUUAUAGUGACUAGCUACGAUCAGCCAUAGGACGUGGUGACCGGUGCAAUCGUCAUGGGUUCGAAGAAACCGAGCACGUGGUCCGUGACGCUCAAGAGAGACGGCAAGUCUCAACCGUGGGGCAUCCGAUUGGCCGGUGGAGCGGAUCUUAACACGCCGCUGAUCAUAACCAAAGUCUACGCCAGAUCACCCAGUGAAAGUAGCCUGAGAGUGGGCGACAUCGUACGGAAAAUCGAAGUGUACGACGCUCGAGACUUGAGACAUUUGGACGCUCAAAAUUUGUUCGGCAACGCCGACCAGUCAAUAACUCUAGUCAUCCAAAGGGAUGCUCCUCAGUUCAACGGCAGCAGCAGCAACAGCAGCCCAAUUCCAGUAUCCAAUAACCAUCAACUCAAUCAGCAGCAGCACGCUACCGCGCGACCAAUCGGAAACGGUCUUUACGGUUACGAGCGGUCCGUCCAGUCACCCGUCAACAAUUUCUGCCGUUUCCCCCCGUCACUGGUCGACAGUCCGUCUCCGUACGACUGGGACGAAGCACAUGACCAGGUGGCGCUUGACCAACAGCCAUACAGAACGAACCCGUUGGUGUUGCCCGGAGCCAAGGUCAAGAGGGACCCGCCCAAGACCGAGUCAUACUUACGCCACCAUCCAAACCCGAUGAUGAGAGCGCAUCCGUCACACCACGAUCAACCCAUGGACACGCUGAUGAAACAAAAGGUCACGGACACGGUGUUGCAACGGAUAAGCAGCGAGGAAGCUAAGUCAAGACCCGGUAGACAGGUGGUGCACAAACAGUUUAACUCGCCAAUCGGUCUUUAUUCCGAGGAAAACAUCGCUCAUUCAAUCAAAUCGCAAACAGGAUAUACUCCGCACAAGAAGACUGUGCAGUACGAUCCAGCAAAAUCUGAAACGUAUAAGGCGAUCCAAGAAUCAGAACACGGAGACUUCCACGCUCAAGAGAUAUCGAAGCCAGUGCAACCGAAAGUAUUCACGCCUGUCCAAGGAACGGUAAAAAAAGCUCCGAUUAGCAACGGCCAUGGCCAUCCAAAUCAUAAUAAGUUGUCAGCUCCCUAUCAUCCAAAUCCAGGACGUGUAUCUCCACAACCUCAUCCAACUGCGCCACACCCAAAUGCCAAUUACGUUUCCACUGAUGAAAUCCAUCAAAGUGGGAGUUUCAAGCGCUUGAUGCACAUGGUUAUGACCGAAAACUAAAUGUGAACUAAAUAAAUAAAUAAAUAAACUAUUCAAUUAUUGUAUUUAAAUUUUAAAAGUAAGACAGAAAUGUUAGAAAGGAAAUGUGUAUUAUUUAAAUCAUUUAACAUUUUUAUACUUUCAUCUGUAUAUAUUUAUAUAAAUUGUUAUUGACAAUA